AUGAGCGAAGUCACCACGCCCCAAACCGGGGACAAGCAGGUCAAGCGGGCGUGCACAGAAUGCCGGCAGCAGAAAGCUCGAUGCGAUGCAUACCUGGACCCAGACAACCCGUGCUCAAGAUGUCGCAAAAUGAACAGGCAAUGCACCAUCUCGGAGCCGUUCAGGCGAGAGCAUAAACGCAAGAGAAUGUCGGAGCUGGAGCACCAGACCGACGAACUCCAGGAGCGACUGAGGCCAUCAAGCCAGCCUGCACCCACCGCUUUGCUUGAACAUACCUGGGCUGCGGUGAACGACCAGCGGACUGCUGAAUCCGAGAGCCGGCUGGCGUCGGUGGCGCCCUUUUUCAGAGAUGCGGCCAUUGCUCCCGUGUCGUUUCGCUCGUUCUCCCAAGCUGCCGAAUCUCUCCAGACCCCGGAAAGCCUACCUCAUGACCAGCAGGCUUCGGCCACAGCUACACUCCCCCGGAGCUUGGAAGGCUACACGAUAGAUUCGAGGGACAUCGAUGCCAUGUUUCAAAUAUAUUUCCGCGAUUACGCGGGUCUUAUGCCCAUCCUGGAUCCUUCCCUGACUCCAAAUGCGGCCUACGCGCUCUCGCCCUUCCUGUUCUGGGCCAUCAUUGGCGUCGGCUGUCGCACAUACUACAAAAAUCCCACCCUGCUUGGAGUCCUUCCUUCCAAGAUCAAGACCUUGGCCCUGCUUACAAUGGGUAGCAACACCACUCUUCCGAUCGUGCAAGCCUAUCUCCUGAUCUUGUAUUGGCCAUUUCCAAAGGCGAGCGCUGCCACGGAUUUUACUUUCCCUUUCAGCGCGGCCGUGCUACACAUGGCAAUGGCAAUGGGGCUCCAUCUCCCAGUGUCAAGUCAGGAAUUCAGCAAGGUUCAAAUCAGACUAAGUGAAGACGAGAGCAAGAAACGCGCCGAGACAUGGGGCUAUUGUAUGCUCGUGUACCAACGUUCAUGUUUCUGCAAAGGCAGUCCGGCAACACCGAUUGUCGAUGUCCCACACGAUCUUGACCAGAGACGAACACUGUUCCAGAAGAUAUCACCGAAGCUGAAAUUCGAGCUGAAGCUCCAGGAUGUUGUGACAAGGUGCUGCAUCGCAGUGUCACAGAAUGGCUUACGCGUCAUGUCCUCGGAACAAGAGAGGUCGCUGGACACCUUACUCAACCUUUUUCAGGCGCAGAUUGCCAGCGUAGGCCUCGAAUAUGCGUCAGAUCUCGACCAUCAUUACGUUCAGAUGGCCACUCUGAGCAUACAAGCUUUCAAUCUCUAUAAGUCCCCGACUGCCCAGGACCCUUCGUCGUUGUAUGACCUCUGUGGAUCCGCCUGUCAAGUGAUUGAGUCCUUUGAUAAUCUCGACAAGGCUGGGCAGAUUUCCUUGCCCGCUUCCGGGGUAUACUUUUACUUCGGCCUGAUCAUGCCCUCCCAUGUCCUCCUUCGGCUGCUAAAGACUUCCUUCUCUCGAUACAUUGACGUUGAGCGGGCCAAAGCUGCCUUGUUCCUCGGUAUAAGUCUCCACAAGCGCAUGUCCUUGCAAAAUGACGACCUCCCGGCCAGAAAUGGGGUAGCCUUGACUCAACUGUGGAACAGCAACAGGGCUUUCCGAAAACCGAACGGUACAGAAGCCGUUGCCCUACGGAUUCGAAGCCGCUUAUGCGGGAGCGUCCUUCUCGACUCGUUAGUGUGGUGGAGGGAAGAGUUUGGAGGGUUUAUGGGAGUUUAUCCGCCUCCACUAAUGGAAAACCACAAUGCGCAAGAUGGCCCGGCCAGCACAACGGCGAAUUCGCUUAACGACAAUGCGAUACCGCUCACUCUGAAGCCAGACUACGCCAGUUUUUUGGACGACCCCAUGUUGACUGAAUUCGGCUUGCCGGGUGGCGACGAUAUAUUUUCCUCAGUGUGGGGCGACGGCAUUGGCGAAACAGUGUGA